AUGAAUGUUUCUCUCAAAGACAUAAUUCCAAACAAAAACCCAUCAUAAUUCAAUCUAAACAAAAUUCGGUUUAAAAUCUCCAAAAAAGUGGAAUCCUACUGUCAAUGCAAUCAAAGAAACUGUCUGAUUUGUGCUCGUAAACGUUCUUCUUCGAUGUUAAGCAUGAAAAACUCGAUUGUGUAUGAUGAGAAUUCUCCUGUUUCCAAAUGCACUGUCGAACAACCAAAACCAAUCCAGCCAUUCAAUCGAUCCAUCUCCAGACAAUAAUCCAAUUACAUGGGGAGAGUCUCAGUCAAUGUCUCAGCUUCCACUAAUUCAACAAACAAUUAUGGCAGAACCAGGAAAACCUCGGUCGAGUCCUCCCCUCCCAAAGACAAUAGUAUGAUAUUCGCUAAUCCCCUAUUUAGUUAUUGGCAAGCACUCCUUUAAAUACCUCUACGUAAUUGGGAAAGGAGGCUUCGGAAAAGUGUGGAGAGUCGAGAUGAAAGCCAAUAAACAGGAGUUCGCAUUGAAAGAAAUGAUUAAAGCAAAGAUCAUAUCC